CGCAGCAAGCUGUGGGCUGCAAGCUGAACGAAAACAACUAUCGUGGAACGCAGAAAGCGAAUUUCAAUCAGUAAUAGUCGUUCGAACUGUGAGGACGCGGGUCGUUUUUCGAAAGUUCCAACGUUCACGGAACAGUAUUUCCGUGUAAUCCGCAUUUGUCGUACUUUUGGUUGUGUAGUCAGUGUUUGGAUUCAAAGAAAAUAUUUGCUGCGAUUGAGAUUUCAUCCAGUGCACGCCAUUUUAUUGCACCUUUUUACUCGCUCCAGCUAUACAUGACUGUAUAAACAAAGGAAAAGCAAAUAUUUCCAGCAAUAGUUUUCAUUUCGUUCUACGGGAAGUUGGUGAACUGAGGCUGUGGCUUCCAAUUGCAUUGACAAAGCCAAGCUACCUGAAAAGCAAAAUAGCACAGGCAAUAAAAUUGCGAAAACAUAUUACCUUUCGAAACGAAAAAAAACCUUCCUUUAGGGGAGCUGGAUCAACGUAAACAGCAGCUUACGUUAAAGUGUAUGCGUGUGGGUGUAUUUUUCAAUUGUAAAUUGCGCGUUGAUUCUCCAAGUAUCCAAAGUGCGUUUGUGUGAGUGCUUUGUUUAUAUACAGUUCCUUCUGAUCGGUUUUCCGUCGUCGACGAAGGUGACUACGUACGAAAUUUCACGUACACCGCGUCCAGGCCACGUCUUUGUUUACGAAUAUAGAGCCCAGUGGAGAAGCAGUAGAAUUGAUUUUUCCCUUGCGAGUGCACCAGCAUCUUGGGUCAAUCCACGGCCGCAUCGCCCGAUUCGACAUUCCAGACAAAGAAAAACGGGGUUGAAAUGUUUAAAUCUAUCAAUUUGAACACCAGUGAUUCGAGGAAGAUGUCGACGACAUCAAAAACCAGCGAAGAUCUGCUUGGUGAAUCCUGGAUCGAGCUGUCGUCCAAUACCAACACAUGCCCCAAAAGUCCGGACCGGACGACGCCACUUCCGUUCACCUCGGUAGAAGAAUACAUCAGACUGCUACGUGAGGCCCAGCGAGAAUCGAAGGAAUCGAGUCGGGUGGCAUCGUUAACCAGUUCCCGGCGAGAUUCACCCCGAGGAAGUCCCAAAUCACCGCCCAACAGUCCAAACAACGAACUCGCCACAGCCGAGGAAGAACUGAAAGGCGUCUACAUCAACUAUCUGAAUAGGGACGGAGGUACCAAAGCUCAAAAGGAAGACGCAGACUGGGUGUGGGAAUGGAAUAGUCGACCAGUCGCGCUACCCCCAAAAGACUGGAAAUUUGAACAGCCCAAGCAAGGAAUGCGACGCAUCCAACAGGGAUACUCAAUGCGACUGGCCCGAUUUGGGAAAAACUCAUUGUUUUCACGCGAAGUUCUGUAUUCGCUCGUACUAACGAAUGUAUUAUCACUGCUGCUAGGUGCUGGAAUUGGCGCUUGGUUGCAUAAAAGAGGACUGCUUUUCACUAGGAUUUCGAUUGAAUAAUCUGCAAAAGCUUAGUCUUACAGCUAUAUAGAACCAACACAUUAGAGAUGACUGCAGCUCGUGGGGUUUUUGAUAUUUUUAGAGCAUCAAUAUUAGCAUCCCAAACAAUGACAGUCAUUCAAUACCAGCAUUAGUCAAAGUGUCAAAAGAGUAAACUGGAUGAAAGCAAUCAUCUUAUCAUCGUAUCAGAGUAUAUUAGUUCCAGCACAGAAAACCACCCUUUGCAGUGAUUUUGAUACAUCAUACACCUUACUCCAACACAUUCACCUGCAUUAGGAGAAAUUGAACCUUUCCAUCACCGAGAACGACUUUACUUCUUUGGAUACAAACGAUACAGUGAACAGACGUCUAAGCUUGUGGUCCAAUGUUGUGGAACAACAUAACGUAUCUUCAGCCCCUUUUUUCGAAUCAUUGAAAACUGAUAAAACAUCAGGCUAGAGCUAAUUAUCUAUUGAGUAGAAAGAUGCAACAAGAAAUAAAUUAAAAUCAUAUUAUAGUAUACAGUAGAACUCUGCAUUUCCGAGCUUCGGUUAUCCGCAUUAUCCAAGCCACAAUUUUCAUACAAUAUCUAUGAGAAGUUGUGUUUUAAUGCCGCAAUAUAUUGUUAUGCUAUUGAAUCGACAUAUUUCAGCAAGUAUCGCGAGAGAGGUGUUUAAAUAGCAUAACAAACUUUAUGUAUUCGCAGAGCGGUACGUCUGGGUGAUAUGCAAAACCAGUGCAGAAAGAUAGGGUUUUAAAUUACGCGUAAUCCGAGGCUUCGAGGUUGCACGAAUGUUCUUUGUAUCAAUAAAAACUUUACUGGAAACUCAGGAAAAUGAGAGGAACAAACUGUGCAGACAUUGAUGUGAUGAAAAGUAGUGAAGCAGAGCGAAAUUUCAAGUUUAGACUAGUUAGAGAAUGUACAGUGAAAUUGAUGGAAAACAACUGAAAAAACAUUUUUUUUUUGGAAAAAAUAGUUUUCAGAUCCCAAUACUACUGAAAUCCGUAUCAUGUGAUCUUUAUAUGUUUAAAACUAAAUGUUAUUUUUUUUUUAAAUUUCUGUUGUACGUUAAGAUUUGAAAAGCAUCAUGUUUACAGUCUAAAUAUGUAUUUCAUUGGAUUUCUACUUUUUUAUUCUUAUUGAAAAUUUUUGCCAACAUUAAACUACAAUCCAAUUUUGCGAUCGAAAAAAGGUUGAGUCGGUUAGAUGAGCAGACACUCUCGACUACGACAGCAUAUAAGCUCGAGGAAAGUAUCUUAUUUAUAAACUUCUACGAUAAAAAAAACAAGUAAAGAAUUCCAUUUUAUGAUCUACUUUAAAUAAUAAAACUAUAUAGAAUGUAAUUCAUGUCAUAAACAUGUCCAAGGGCUAAACAAUGUAUUUUACAAUGAAAACUCCGCUUUCAAACAUCAUCGUGCAUCCAAUCUUCAGAUAAAAAAAACUUUUAAGUGCUGGGUGCGCCAUCUCUUGGCAAUUUUGUUAGUAUUCCCCAGUUAAAGAAAAGCUUACAACUUCCUUUUCAAGAAGCUCUCACUUUCUAAAUACAUUCUCGGAAGAGUAUGUAACUUUAGAUAUCUGACUGAAAAUAGGCGGAAAAUCUUUCUAAUUUCAAAAUUGCACUUCACUAAGCCAACAAUUUCUCAAUCACGCUUAAGAUAUGAAACAAUUUAUAAUCCUCUAAGUAACCGAUUGUCAUACUUAUCGACUCAUUGGCUUUUCCGAAAAUAAAUGGCAAACAUAGCGGCACGAAUGAUCAUAAGAAUUCGAAAUCCAUUAAACUUAUAUUAACCAAUAAAAUAAAUUAUUAUCGUAAUUUUAUUAUUUAGAAACCAAUUUUUAUACAAAUCCCUUCGAAAGAGAUUAAUAAAGCAAAGAAA